AUGACAAACCAGGGCGGAGGGUCACCGCAUGAGCUCGUGGUCGAGUCAUGGAUCAUGUACAGCAUUGGUAUAUUGUUCUUCGUCGUCCGAUUAUACGCCCGAUAUAAACGAAUGAAGUUCCACCUACAAAUUGAGGAUUACCUUAUGUUUAUGGCUAUAAGUUGGUACACUGCUUUCGUCGUUACAAAUAUCAAAAUUGCCGAGGGUGGAGGUAGUUCAUUGUAUGAACCUGGUGAAUUUGAAACCUUUACUGCGCAAGACAUCCGUGAGCGAGUUCUGGGAUCAAAGAUCGAGUUUGCCUCGGAGAACUGUCAGCUAUGUACCAUCUACUCUCUAAAGGCAUGCAUGUUGAUGGUGUAUUUCCGCCUCACAUCCAAUCUUAAACAGCACCGACUCGUGAAAAUCUGCGCCGCUUAUACGUUCUUGGGCUGGCUAGCCACCGAGUUGACUUUAUUCCUCAAUUGUCACCCUCUGACCGGAUACUGGACUCUCCCACCACCGCAUCGUGAAUGCGCCACCUACUUCCGAUAUGAAAUCGUACAAUGUGUCUUCAAUCUCAGCUCGGAUAUUGCCAUUCUGCUAGUCAUUUUACCAAUGUUAUUCCGCACCCGUCUGCCAAUGCGAACGAAGCUCCCCGUUCUAGUGGUAUUUUCAAUGGGUAUCGUGGUGAUUCUGUGCGCAAUCAUCUCCAAAUACUUCACAUUCCACGACAUCUACGACAGCAGCUACCAAUUCUGGUACCUCCGCGAAGCCUCGAUCGGUGUUUGGGUAACAAACGCACCAUUCGUCUGGUCCCUAGCUCGAUCAACAGUGAGCUUCCUCAAGUCCCACAGCAAUAACACAAAAACCACACCCAAGUAUGGACCAUACGGAACAGACGCAUCUGCAGCCGCUUCUAGGGCGAGAACGGGCGUGGAUCAGAGAUCCAGCCGUGCAAAUGCAAUGUAUAGCAUGGGAACUAUUGGUGAAAGCCGGGAGCACAUUAUCGAAAUGAACAACAUGAAGUAUGCACAUACUUCGGCCGCAUCUACGGGCGAUAGCAAUCGAUCCGGCUCUGGCCAGGGUGAUGGACCUGGGGACCCUCAAAUUUGGAAAACAACCGAGAUUGUUGUUGAGAAGAGUUAA